UACAGUCCCAUUCAGCUCCAAGUUUUUUCCUUAUUUUAUCAACAACAUUCGCGUUCAUGUUAAAGGUCCUUGGUUAGAUAUAUCAGGACCGUCAUCAUUUGACGCUUGGUCACUUGAUGCUAUCGUAAACAAUGACGUCAUUCUGGAGGUCCCUGCUGGCUACAGGCCAGAGGGUCUACACACCGGACCUAUACCUAAAUUAAUAUUGAUACAUUUCAGAUCACUUUCAUACAUUGAUCAGUAUUGGCCUGGUAUUCGGCUUCCUGGGUGUUCCAACCAAGUGGAGAUCAUGAUGUGGGUGGUGUCCAGUGUUUCCCCUGGAAGGUCCUCCCAUCUGUUGACUGUGGCUUUUCUCAUUCUGCUGCGAUCCUAUCAGAUCGUCCAGGGCCAUGUAGAAAAGUCUUCUUCAGCCCUCAUCGUGGUGGAGGAGGGAGGUGAUGAAGAGGCCACAGUAGGGGAUGAGUUCAGUGAUGAAGAGGAUCUGGAAGUGUUUCAGCCCACUGACCACUGGCAGACCAUAAAACCCGGUCAGGCAGUGCCAAGAGGCUCCCAUGUGAGGCUGAACCUCCAGACCGGACACAGAGAGGUCCGCCUGGGGGCGGAGCAGAUGAGAGGGGAGGAGCAGAGGAGGGACCGGCCCCAUGAAGCAAGCCAGUCCUACUGGAGUGCUGAAGAGCUGAAACUGAAACUGAAGAAGAUGAAGGACUCUUCCCCAAGGAGUGGAGCUGCAUACCAACAAGAUCAGAACAAGUUUCGCUCAAUUGAGGAUUUGAGGAAAGACCUGGCAACACUGAACCUGCUUGUUGAAACUGACUUUCAGGUUAUUAAACGGCUGCUGGACCAAUUGAACCGGACCAGCAGCACCGAGCAGAGACUUCAGAUCCUGCUGGAGCUGGAGUAUCUGGUGCAUCAGGUCGUGGCAAAGACAAGGCUGGUUCAGAAGCUGGAGGUGGAUAAUGCCCAGACGCUGUGCUCCAUGGGGGGACUACAGCUCCUUCUAGGAGGUCUCAACAGCUCUGACUUCAGGCUGCAGGACCGCUCCGCGUUCGUCCUGGGAUCUGCAUUGGCCAGUAACCCUACAGUUCAGGUGGAGGCAAUGGAGAGAGGAGGCCUCCAGAAGCUGUUGACAUUACUUGGUACACAGCGGCCCCUCAGUGUCAAAAAGAAGGCUUUGUUUGCGCUCGCAUCCCUGUUACGUCACUUCCCCUUUGCCCAGAGCCACUUCCUCUCCCAUGGGGGGCUGCAGGUGCUGUCAGAGGUGUUCAGAGAAGACCAGGGAGGAUCUGUCAGGGUCCGCAUCGUCACCCUGCUGUAUGACCUGAUCACUGAGGAGGAGCUGCACUCCAAGGUGUCCACAGACGAGUCACCGGACCGCCUGGGCCCGCGUUCCAAGGGGUCCCUGGACCCGCAUUCCAAGGGGUCCCCGGACCAGUGUUCCAAGGGGUCCCUGGACCAGUGUUCCAAGGGGUCCCUGCGUGCCGGACUGCAGGAGGGCCGCUGGUGCAGCCUCGUUCCAGAGCUGCUGGACUCUGCUGAACAUGACUGGAGAGAGAAGGGUCUCCAGACCAUGCUGGCCAUGGUCCCAGUGUGUCUGGACCAGUACCGUCGCCAUGGCUCCCUUCCUGUCUCUCUGGGCUCUCUGAAGGCUCAGUACCGGGACCUGGUUCACCAGGAGCAGGCGCUGGGGGAUGACGAAGGGUACUUUAGGGAGAUUCUGGACCUGUUGCACACCCUUGAACUAAAAAUGAAGUGAUGGUGCAUAGGUAUACAAAAUAUAUCAACCGUACCUUGAAGACCUGGAUGGAUGGAGGAAGGCUCUAGCCAGUGCCAAAGUAGGGUACAGACUUUGUGGAGGUCAAGAGGCCCUCCACAUCAUCCAGCACAAUGUGUUUGUUGUAAAUGCCAACGGCUAUCACAAACACGUUUAUUGGAUAUGGAAUGCGUGUUCAACAGUCUCUCCACAACAAGCUGUUGUUGAAAUCCAUCCCAACAACUUUGUACCAGACAAUUUAAAGGCUGUAACAAUAACUUGUGUGUUGUCCUUUUCUGAUUUGUUGUCCUUUACUAUAUUUAUUACAAAUCUUAUUUUGUAUCGUAAUUAGUAUUCUUCAGAUACAUUUCCCAAUCCCAACCCAUACCAGUUCUAGAACUGGGCCCUAAUAAGAACUAUUAAAGAGCAACAUGCAGGUCGGUAAGUUAUUUAACUUCGGGAAAGUAUGUGGAAAAUCAAACAUUUUGAAAUUAGACACACAAAGAACUUGAAACUAACUUGUGUUCAAGAUGGUAGCUAAAAAUUACAUAUUCAAAUAUAAUUUAUAAUAAGAAUGCCUACAAUAACAAUGCGUAAUCACGGAUACUGUGAAUUCCAUUAAUAAAAUUGCUGUCGCAUUUUCACAAAGGGUAAUGGCUGCAUGUGUACAGCUUCGGGAUUGUAAUUAGUAGGUAUUCACAGAUUGAAGCUGUACACAUGUGGCCACAUUUCACACUUUGUGAAAACGUAAUUUUGAUCGCAUCAAGGUGUACUUUUUCUUUUACUAUUGAUCAGUCUAACCAAUCAGAAUCAUAUAUAUUUUCCAUGGUAGUUCUACUUAAAAGCUUUUAACGUUUCUCACCACAGUCCUUAUUCCAUCCAUCGUUGUCUACAGUCAUAGAACUAUAAUGAACGCUAUUUAGAUUUCUUGAUCAUUAAUCAUGAUAGCAGUUGGCACAUACAAGGCAAUGUUUACGUGCACUGCGGUUGGUGAAUAUAGAUUUCGCAACUUUAUCCUAAAGGCUGUUGGCCUGCUUGUAUUUUGUACCAGGAAACAACAUAACAAAUGAACGUUUCCCAAAGAUGGCUGUAUUGAAUAAUGCACACGGACUGCGGAACGCUCAUACAUUACAAAAAAACAGUACAAAAAAAGUAUUGCAACUAUGUCGUAGCCAUGGGGAUAACACAUCCCCCUCCUUCCUAAAGCUCCUUAAGAUCUUAGGUUUUGAGUUGAUAGAGCCUUUAAUUAAUAGUAGAUUGAUUAAAAAAAAAGUUCUCUCUAGAGCCUGUGUUUGUCCUUACUGUAGAAACGAGACGAUGCAACAUAGCGACAGGAGCAGCUUAAUUUCCACAUAUAAAGGGCUCAUUCUAAGCUAAUCAAACACCAUUCUUAUCUUCACAGGAUUAUACACUAACUAAAACAUUGUGGAAAUUGCAGUUUCUCACGUUGAGCACACGAAUGCGUGACUCGAUUAUUUCGUUAGACAAAAACAGGAAGUCAAAACGCGCUGCUAGUAAAAACAAUCCCGCAUAGUUCAAGUUCAAGUGUACUUUAUUGUCAAAAAUCAAUGUAACAGGGUUAGUACAGAAGUUUGAAAUUGCGUUUGGCCAGUCUCCAAUGUGUAGUUAAAAAACAUCUAAAUAAGACAUUGACAAUAA